GUGUGCAGUAUAUAUGAUUGUUCCGGCCUGUUUAGAACAUCCGAGCUUUCUGGCCAUACAUUUAUGACGAUCGGUUGGCCCAAUCCAUCCCCGUAUGUUCACUGGUACUUCAUCUCACUUUUACUUGCUUAGCUUUCUUUCAAUUCUUCUCCUAUGGGCGGUACAAUUGAUCCUGCGUCCAAGUACUGGUCAUAAUAAACAAAAUGAAGUUGUACAAUCAGGUCUACAAAGCUACAUCUGUGCGCGUCGAUUGAUUCUUACUUCCAUCCUAUAACAAUAUUAUUGGGAUCAUAAUUCCACACCGCAUCAGAACGUCGGUCCCACGCCAGAAGCCUGGCUUUCC